UUGAACAUGGCAUCAUGGCAGAAAGGAGAAAACUGACUUCGAAUCCCGAGUCAAAUAUGCCUGAAAAUGACAGGCAGUAUUUAGAGCGGACUGGAGCAAGUGCACAAAUCCGUGACGCCCUGGCAAAAAUCAUUGAAAACCGUCCCCUUGAACCUGUGGCUUUCUUGGCAGAUUACUUUGAAUCCUUCGACUCCGGUGCGGACGUCACAACCAAGGCGUUCAGACAGAUCACACUGACCCACCACUCGAAGCCGGCAUUCGACACAAACCUUCGUAUUGCUUAUGAUAUCCUCAGUACGAAAAAAGUCAUUAAGAAUCUGACCCGCAGUCCUGGUUACCCAGAGUGCCUUGGAGCGCCCGUGCAGUCGGAUUUUUUUGCCAAGAAUCUCAAGGGCAUCAAUGGAGCAGUCUAUCUCGAGCUGCUCGACAUGGUCUGCAAGGGAUUUCCCACGCCAAUCAUCGAGCGUCUUCUGAGCAAAAUCGGGUGUCGGAACCACGAGGCGGUUGUAUUUGAUAUAUUCAAAACUGGCCUGUUCACUUGCUUUGUAUUAAAAGAUUAUCUCGCUCAAGCCGAAUCUCUCUUUAAAAGUCUCGACAUCCAUGAUACGGGCAAGGCAAAUAAGAUCCUUUGUGAUGCCGUCCUGCAGCAGCUAUUCCUGGCUGUAAACGGAACUAACGAUGAGAUCAACUCUGUGCUUGAGGUUGGCUAUUCCCUCAGCCCGGACAAGAUCUAUGGUGCGCUGACAAAGGCCAUGGCGGGCUCGUCAAGGAAUUCUACUACUACGAUUAGUUGUGAUCAGUUCUUAGUCCAGGCUGCAGAUUCGUUUUUGACAAAAGUUAAUCGAGUGAGAUAAGGCCAAAAAAAGUUAAUGUUAUGUUUCUGGCUUCAUGGUCAACUGAAAAUGGAUGCGGUCGUGUGGGGUUUUUUUCUGUGAUAAUUUUUAUUACUUUUAGUAAGCUAAUUUGGCGAUAUUCAAUCUACUAACACAGAGGUUAAAAACAGCACAGAUUCAGAAAGAAUGAAAAUUAGCUGCCAUUACAUAAUGAAAUGCUCGCGUGUUGUGUCCCUACUCCCGCCGCCCCGUAGUGGCAUGCGGUCAAACAAUGCUGAAUAAUGUAUACAAAUCAAUGCACGCCAAUGAUGAGUCAUGCAUAUAAUGGGUAGUUCAAAUAAAAGCCACGUGGGGCUCAGGUGCAGGAUAUCGUCUGCUGGCUGCUGAAUGGGAAAAUAAAAAGAUAUUGACGCACAGGGGUUGGAAUUGAUGCAUGUGGAAACCAGAAACAUAACAUUAACUUUUUUGACCUGACGUGUACUUUUUAAGACGGACUGUGAUGACAGUGACUUUUUUGCCAAAUCAAAUUAAACCUCAGCAAUUCUGACAUAUGUCAGCGUUGGAAACUGACGUUGGUCUAAUUAGGCCCAAGGUAUGUACAUUCCUUGUCCUGUGAAAUCAGCACCCAUCCAUACAGCAGUGAAUUGUGUCUUUGGUUUUAAUCAUGAAGUUGGUUAUGUGAAGUGAGCAUAGUUUUUUCUGUGCUAUUUCUAAAGAAAUCACUAUUUUCGUACCACUUCUUAUGAUCACAAAUGUAUUGUAAAUUAUUCUGAAAUAGUGUGAGUGUAUUUGAGGGGUCUAUAAACAGGAGCCAGGGAGACAAAUUUGUUGUCUUUAGGUCACCAGUAUGCUGGGUUAAUAAAGCCCUGGGUUGUGUUUGAUUCAGCAAUGCUAUAGCUUUGAUGUACUGUCAGAUAAGAGAGACUCCUGUCAACCCUUCGUUUGACUUAAUCUAACCUUCCUGGCUCUUGCCUAUAUUGUCCCUUCAAAGGCCUACACCGUUCGUUAAAAGUUUUGAAUUUGUAAUUGAAUUUAAAAAUGUCCAUUUGCGGAAAUACGUACUAAAUAUAAAUUUCAACAUUGCUGUUGUGUAAAUUGAUAUACAAAUACUAUGAAUACCAAGUUUAAACCAAUUUCAACAUUGCCGUUGUGUAGUCUGAUAUACAAAUACUAUGAAUACCAAGUUUAAACAAAUUUCAACAUUGCCGUUGUGUGGACUGAUAUACAAAUACUAUGAAUACCAAGUUUAAACAAAUUUCGACAUUGCCGUUGUGUGGACUGAUAUACAAAUUCCGGUACUAUGAAUACCAAGUUUAAACAAAUUUUUACUCACAAUAACUGCACUACAGCAUUUUGUAUUAGUGGAUUUCUAUUGAACUGGACCACCAGUAAUUACGAACGGUGUACCCCUUUAACCCUUAUUGAUGCAUUUAAUGUAGGAUGUGACUAUUUUUAUAAUUUAUAUAUCGAACAUUCCAAUACUACUUUCUUCAGUGUAUGAAUUGAGUACCAAAUAAAUAAUAC